CUACUUUUCACGUUUUUCUUGCGUUUUUCACUGAAUCGUGGGAAUGGCCAAGGAGUAUGGAAUGGACUGUUGGGCUUGUUCAAGGCAGUGUUCAAGGGUCCAUCGCACGCAUUGCACACGGCAUUUGGCUUAAAGUAGAGAGAAUUUACUCCGAAUUGUUUCGGCGCUACGGUGAUAUUUUGCAUUUAACAUAUACAUUUUGACAGAUUUUGACGUUGACAUUGGUCCUAGCACAUUUUGUGCAAUUCAUUUUUUCGCAAUGCGUCAUUUGCUUUCAAUGGAUUUUUCAAAGCUUCUGCUCUGACAUCAUUUUCGUAAAGAAAUGAACAUUUCAACGAGACUUUUUGUAAUGGCGCAGAACAGACAUUCACAGUACUGCCCACAGUUUUCUUUAAAAAAUCAUGACAUCAUAAAUACUGUAUGCUGAUUGGUCGAAAUGAAAACGUAUAGGAAACCUUCUGCAGUCAUUGGCGUUCAAUAUGACGACAAAAGAUCCCAUCAUUUUUUUUUCAUAACCGGCCACGACCUCUUCGAAUCCGAUAUUGGAUACACGCCGAUGGCGGUGCAGAUUUGCCUCGAAGUUUGAAGAGGGAACUGAAGAGUUCAAAUAUUUAUUUGGCUCAACAUUACUUUGAAUAUUCUAGAGCAUAAAUGAGUCUGAGGCUGGUGGCCGGCGCGCGGCGGUUCGGCUCUGCGGGCGCCCACCGCUGCUGCUGUCCCUGCCUCGGCCGCCAGCGCCAGCUGGACGGUGAGCUGCAGCGGCUGGCCGCCCUCCGAGCCCGCCUCUGCUCCGGAGACGCCUCAGACGGCGACGUCAGCGGCACUAACACGGGCGGAAAGCAGCGCCAUGAGAGCUCCCGGUCAGCCGGCGCGGGCGGCAAACUCAUCCUCAAGACGGCCAAGGGCACGCGCGACUUCCAGCCGGCCCAGAUGGCACUGCGCGAGCGUGUGUUCGCCUCCAUUGUGGAGACGUUCAAACGCCACGGCGCCGAGACCAUCGACACGCCCGUGUUUGAGCUCAGGGAAGUGCUCACAGGCAAGUACGGCGAGGAUAGUAAGCUCAUCUACGACCUGAAGGACCAGGGCGGCGAGAUCCUGUCGCUGCGCUAUGACCUGACCGUGCCGUUCGCCCGCUACGUGGCCAUGAACAAGAUCAGCAGCAUCAAACGCUACCAGAUCGCCAAGGUGUAUCGGCGCGACCAGCCGUCGCAGGCGCGCGGCCGCUACAGAGAGUUCUACCAGUGUGAUUUCGACAUAGCCGGCUCGUACGACCCGAUGGUGCCGGACGCCGAGUGCGUGCGGAUCGUGGCCGAGAUCCUCGAGUCGCUGCAGCUGGGCACGUUCGUGGUGAAGGUGAACCACAGACAGAUCCUGGACGGCCUGUUCGAGGUGUGCGGCGUCCCGCCAGACCAGUUCCGCAGCAUCUGCUCGGCCGUCGAUAAACUGGACAAGAGUCCAUGGGAGGAGGUGAAGCGUGAAAUGGUCGAGGAGAAGCACCUGUCUCCGGAGGUGGCAGACAGGAUCGGCCACUACGUCAAGUUCUCGGGCGGCCCGGAGCUGGUGGACACCCUGCUGAAGGACGCAGCUCUGGCGGCCAACAAGAACGUGUCGGCCGGUCUGGAGGCGAUGCGCGCCUUCCUCGGCUACUGCGCGCUGUACGGCGUCGGCGGUCGGGUCAGCUUCGACCUCAGCCUGGCGCGCGGCCUCGACUACUACACGGGCGUCAUCUACGAGGCCGUGUUAGAAGGCGGUGACGUGGGCAGCAUCGCCGGCGGCGGCCGCUACGACGGCCUGGUGGGCAUGUUCGACCCCAAGGGUCGCUCUGUGCCCUGCGUGGGCGUCAGUAUCGGCAUCGAGCGGCUGUUUGCCAUCAUGGAGGCGCGGGCUGACAAGGCUGACCAGAAGGUGCGCACCACGGAGACGGAGGUGUACGUCUGUUCGGCACAGAAGGGGCUCAUGGACGAGCGGAUGAAGCUGCUGACCACGCUGUGGGACGCCAACGUCAAGGCGGAGCAGUCGUACAAGAAGAACCCGAAGCUGCUGCAGCAGCUGCAGUACUGCGAGGACCACGGCGUGCCGUUCGCAGUGAUCCUCGGAGAGAGCGAACUGCAGCGUGGCGUGGUCAAACUGCGCCACGUAGCCACACGCGAGGAGACAGAAGUGCAGCGGGACCAGCUCGUGGAGGUGCUGCGUGCGAAAUUAGCCGCCCUCGGCUGACCGGCCGUUGCCACCCGGCCCGCCCGAUCCAGACCAAAGGCUGCGUCCACGCCCCUGUGAUGAUCCAGCGCAAUGGAAGAGCCACAGUCGGCUCUACACGCCGUGAAACGAUAGUAAUUUAUUGCGGUUGGUUGUUUUUCGUGCGUGGAGGUGCGUUUUUACCCGCGUGAUGCGGUUGACGGCGUCCUGAGCCCGGUACGAAGUGAAGUCAGUCAGUGAUGUUCGACAUUACGGGAUGCGGCGCUGAGAUUGUCUGUGGCCUGUGUGGUGUGUUUGACGCAGAAGCGCCGUGGAGUGCGCUGUGUGUUCCUUGUGCUCUGUGUGCGUCGAUUUGUGUAAGUGUUCGGCCGCUCUGGCGCUGCCCCGAGGCGGGCAGGACCGCCACUCUGAGCUUGGCGGCGCUGUUCCUUGCCACCGGGACUGGGAUGCCACGCGGGUCGGCGGCCAGCACUUUGCUGCCGCGCCGCCGCGCCGCCGCGACGUCUCACCAUCAUGACUCAGUGACGUCGGGACCAUCCACCUCGACCGAACAUCACGACGAAAUACAGCCCGCAAUGGGACCGA